ACUUCUCAUGAUGCGUAAAUACAUGAGCAAGCGGCAAAGACCCUGCGACUUCUGCCGCUCUCGUAAAACUGCGUGUCGAAUCGAGUCCUCCCCUCCAUGUCGGUUAUGUCAGCAAUACGGGAAGGAAUGCACUUUUGUGGAGGCCGCCCGACCUCGGAAGAGGCAACAAACAGCAGAGACAAGCCCUGAAUCUCAUGAUGCAGAGGAUGCGAUUGGACCAUCGAGUGGAAUUGCAGAAGAACCUAUCUCGUCCGUUAAUCACGACGAUAUCUCGCCGGCGGAAUCAGGCGGCUUUCCCGACAUCAACAUGGACUUCCUUCACGAUCUUGACAUAGAAGGUUCUGAGUAUCAGUUCAUGUUCCAAACACCAGUUAACAACCCUCCAUCCACCGCGGCUGACUCACUAGAUGGGCCCAGCAAGACAUAUCCGUUGCUGGAUGGAUAUGAGAAUAUUCACCCAGAAACCCUUGGGCUCAGUGGAGAUAUGGAUCCUUAUCUGCUCCAGCGCUAUCAAUCAGAUGAGCAUGGUACCUUCAAGUUCAAGCAGCUCGCCAUUAGAUCAGUGAACAGCAACCCGCCAGUUCAGUUCCUUGUUUCGCAACCAUCGCUGUUUGCCCAAAGUCGAAGAGAAGCAGGGCACAGCGGCGUUCCUAUAUCUGCGCAAAGAGCGGAACUCGAGAAGACUGUCUCUCAAAAUAUGGGCAAAAGGUUGAUAAGUCUUUACGACAGAUUUAUUGCACCACAUUACCCGAUAUUCUCAACAGAGUCUCCUCCAGAUCCUGUAACGAGUUCGCCUUGUUUGUUGGCAGCCAUCUACUCAAUUGCACUACCUUUCGCCAUGUACGACGACCAACUCUGCAUUGACAUAGCGUAUGACUCACCUGAUGCCGAAGACCUGGCCCAUCUCAUCAAUACCGCGAUUGCUUUCGACAUUCACUCACCAAAUAUUGCCACUGUGCAAACUCUCUUCUUACUUAUAGUCAGACCUUCCUCGAACCCCCUUGUAUCAGAUGCAUCGUAUCGAUGGACCACAAUGGGAACGCUGGUCUCAGCAGCUACAAACAUCGGGCUCCAUCUUGACCCCUCCCUCUGGAAUAUCCCAUCGGCUCAAAUAGCUGCUCGACGUAGACUGUCCUUCUUCAUCUUCGCGAUGGAUAAGUGGUUAGCAGCCGCUUUGGGAAGGCCACCUCAUAUCAGCCGCGAGAACUGGUUGGUAGACGAGCUGUCGGCUCACGAUGAACUUGCUUCUAGCCUCGAUGCAUCGCAGUGGACCAGCAUAACGUCCUUCUCGGCUCUCACAUCCUGUCUUGGUAAUACCCUUGACCGGCUUUACUCUCUUCGAUCAUCAAGUCUAAGUCGGAGGCCAGAAGAGCUACAAACAACUGUGUUUGAACUUUCAGGGUCUUUGGAACGUAUUCAACCCGAUAGAGCAAGCUCAAUUGAUUCCGAUAGCGACAGGUCGAUGCCUGGAAUGGCCAUCAAACUCGGCCACUAUUACACACAACUACUAAUACUGCGCGCUGCAGUUCACGCCCAAGAUUCUCACCCUUCAGCAUCCACUUUAGAUCAAUGGUCUCCGCGCGAGAGCCUGAUGAUAGUCCUGGAACAAUAUUCUGACUUUCUCAAAACUCUGAAAAGCGAUGAAACAGCAGAACACUGGCCCCCUUGGUGCCAAAGUGCAUUCUCGUCACUCUGCUUUGCCAUGUUAUUCAUGUUUGUCUCAGCCACUACAUACGAAGAAGCACUCUCAUCGAUGGAGCUUCUCCAAGCGACGCGGAAGCAAAUGCGUCUCAAAGCCAAUGCUUUUGUAGUCAUUCGACUGGGUCUACUGAGGAUGGAUGCCAUAUUCUGGCGAGGGGUCGACCAAGUUCUCAAAUUGGAACCGCAUGUGAAGCUUGCGUUAGACGCGUCAAAGCAGGCAACAUAAAAUUACAGAUCUAUAUACUUUUGCUUACAAUAAUGACCUGGUCGGAAGGGUGCUCAGAAU